UGCUCGUGUUGUUCUGGGUCGCUACGUACCGCUGUUUAGUAUUAUAGUAUCUGUUCUAUUUGCUCCACAAUACAGAGCUCUCGAGCCUGUUCUGAUAGCCAAAUAGGAAGAACCUGCUUCAUUUCAGUCGUGAUUCUUUCUGUUCUCGGUGUCGAGAAGGAUAGAAGCAAUCGAGUAUAGCGAGGUAAUCAGAAUGACCUUAUCAGAGCCGGAGAAGCAUUGUUUCUCUGCCCCGGGGAAGGCUCUUUUCGCCGGUGGCUAUCUUGUUCUGUAUCCCGAGAACUCAUCGUUUGUGACUGCUUUGUCCGCCCGGAUCUACGCGGUUGCGGCAGAGUCAAGCUCAUUAGAUCCAGCUCUACCCACCGUGACCGUGCUCAGCCCUCAGUUCCAAGAAGGCGAGUGGAGCUAUACCCUGAGCAAAUCGGACUCUACCGGGUUCGUGACGGUCGCUGCGCUGGUGCCGUCGCGCAAAAAUCCAUUUGUACACGCGGCAGUGACAACUGUGUUGAAUUACUUGUCUGCGACUGGAGCGCUGGCGACUCCCAUCCCGUCCGUGACUGUCAAUAUCCUGUCCGACAACGCGUAUCAUUCGCAGCCGAGCGAGGAUGUGCCCAAGUUCAACAAGCAUGCGCAGGCUAUUUCUGAUGUUCCAAAAACAGGACUGGGGUCGUCCGCGGCGCUGACUACUUCGCUCACCGCGGCGCUACUUUCGUAUUACUCGAGCAAGGCUGCAGACAAGCCCUUGUCGUUGGAAGAGCGCAAGGACGUUCUGCACAAUCUGGCUCAGGUCGCUCACUGCACUGCGCAGGGAAAGGUUGGGUCCGGUUUUGAUGUCGCGUGCGCGGUGUACGGAUCAAUUGUCUACCGACGAUUCCUGGCCUCGAUUAUCUCGGCAAUCCCUGCUGUGCCGACUACUGGCGACGCGGGAUUUGAGAGCGCCUACCUCGAUGCGCUGAGGACCACGAUUGAUUCAGACUGGAGUGUCGGUACUGGAAAAUGCACUGUGCCGCCCCGAAUGCGGUUGUUGAUGGGCGAUGUCUCGGGAGGAUCGGAGACACCAGCGAUGGUCCAGAUGGUGCAGCGAUGGCGGAAGGAAGGCGGGGCGACGGCAGAGUCUACAUGGGUAUCGUUGGGUAAGGCUAACCAGUCGUUGAUCUCGGCUAUGAUUGGUCUUCAAGUUGAAGCCGAGAAGGAUCCGGCGGGUUAUAACGGGGUCCUGGAUCAGAUAUCAGACUCUGCCGCUGGGUGUGCGGGGAUCAAAGCUCUGGGAGCGAGCAAAGGUUCGCUGUUGGGAGACCUACUUGUUCAAGCCGUGGACUCGAUGGCGGAUAUCCGGUUCCACUUGCGAGCAAUGACUACCGGCUCUGGAGCGCAGAUUGAACCGGUCGAGCAGACAAAGCUGUUGGAUGCAUGCAACGAGCUCCCGGGCGUGUUUGGCGGCGUUGUUCCGGGAGCGGGUGGGUACGAUGCGAUUUGUUUGCUGGUGGCCGAGGCUACGGUUGACCGUGUAAGGGCCGCGACGGGGAGUGAGUUUAAGAAUGUAAAAUGGCUGGAUCUGCGGGAAGAGUCGGUUGGGGUUCGCAAAGAGCCGUUUGCUAGCUUGGCAGAGUAUUUGUAAUAUAUGUAAUUAAUUCGUCACAGAGGUUAGGUA